UUGACGUCCCCUGUCAGAAUCCAGGAAGUGUUUCACUCGCUCUUGUUUGUGUUCGUUGCUCUCGGCGUCUGUGUUUUUUUCUGAUUUAAAACAGCACUUUCACGGGCCGAAAUGGCAACGUUUAUUUCAGUCCCGUUAAAAAAAUCCUCUGAAGUGGAACUGGUGAAACCGCUGUCGAAAUUUGUCACCGCUACGUACCCCGCGGGCGAGGAGCAGGGAGAGUACAUCCGCGCCGUUGAGGAGUUGAACAAGCUCCGCAAGAACGCGCUGGGGAGGCCGCUAGACAAACACGAGAGCUCCCUGGAGAUUAUACUCAGAUACUAUGACCAACUCUGUGCUGUUGAGCCCAAGUUUCCCUUCUCAGAAAACCAGCUCUGCUUAACCUUCACAUGGAAGGAUGCCUUUGAUAAGGGAUCGCUGUUCGGGGGCUCAGUCAAGCUCGCUUUGGCCAGUUUGGGCUACGAGAAGACGUGUGUGUUGUUCAAUGUGGCAGCUCUGGCCAGUCAGAUCGCCUCCGAGCAGAAUCUGGACAACGACGAGGGACUGAAGGCUGCUGCUAAAUACUACCAGCUGGCCAGUGGAGCGUUUGGUCACAUCAAGGACACGGUGUUAUCGGCGCUGAACAGGGAGCCGACCAUGGACAUCUCCCCCGAGACUGUGGGCACUCUGAGCCUCAUCAUGCUGGCCCAGGCCCAGGAGGUCUUCUUCCUCAAAGCCACCUCAGAUAAGAUGAAAGACGCGGUCAUCGCGAAGCUGGCCAAUCAGGCGGCAGAUUUCUACGGCGACGCCUUCAAGCAGUGCCAGUACAAAGACAACCUUCCCAAGUAUUUUUAUUUUCAGGAAGUGCUGCCGGUGCUGGCGGCCAAGCACUGCAUCAUGCAAGCCAACGCCGAGCUGCACCAGAGCAUCCUGGCCAAGCAGAAGAAACGCUUCGGAGAGGAGAUUGCCCGCCUGCAGCACGCUGCCGAGCUGGUGAAGACGGUGGCGACUCGUUACGACGAGUACGUGAGCGUUAAGGACCUGAGCGACAAGAUCAACCGGGCCCUCACUGCAGCCAAAAAAGACAACGACUUUAUCUACCACGACCGAGUGCCUGAAGUCAAGGACCUGGAGCACAUUGGCAAAGCAGCGCUGGUCAAAGCCACCGCCAUCACACCUCCUCUCAGCCAGAAAUUCACAGACUUGUUUGAGAAGAUGGUUCCCAUGGCCGUGCAGCAGUCCAUGAGCAAUUACAACCAGAGGAAGGCUGAGACUGUGAACAGGCUGGUGGGAAUGAUGAGGGAGGCGACCAAUCUCUGCAACGGGGUGUUGGCUUCCCUGAAUCUGCCUGCUGCUCUGGAGGAUCUGUCAGGAGACUCUAUCCCACAAUCCAUCGCUGAGAAGGCCAGGUCCAUCGUGCAGCAGGGAGGGCUGCAGAGCAUCGAGCAACUCAUUAAAGACCUGCCUGAGCUACUGACCCGCAACAGAGAGAUCCUGGACGAGUCUUUGAAGAUGUUGGACGACGAGGAGACAACAGACAACGAGCUGAGAACCAAGUUCAACCAGCGCUGGAACAGAACCCCCUCUGGAGACCUGUACAAGCCCCUUCGUACAGAGGGUGCCAACUUCCGCAGUGUCUUGGACAAGGCGGUGCAGGCCGACCAGGUGGUCAGAGACCGCUACAACGCCCACUGUGAGAUGAUCGCCCUGCUGUGCAAACCCGAGAACGAGCUGAGCGCCGCCAUCCCCUCCGCCAACCCGACCAAGACACUGCAGGGCAGCGAGAUCGUGAACGUGCUGCGCUCCCAGCUGGCCAAGCUGGACGAGAUAAAGAAGGAGAGGGAGACGAUGGAGGGAGAGAUCAAGGCCGUGACCUUCGACAUGACGGCCACCUUCUUGACGGCGCUCGCCCAGGACGGAGCCAUCAACGAGGAGCAGCUCUCGGUCUCCCAGCUCGACCAGCAGUACAGCUCCUACAACCAGAGAGUACAGGCCAGCCUCCGCGCACAGGAGGAGCUGCUGGGACAAGUUCAGACGUCCCACCAGGAGUUCAGCAGCCUGAAGCAGUCCAACACGGAGGCCAACCAGAGGGAGGAGAUCCUGAAGAAGCUGGCUUCAGCCCACGACAGCUACGUUGAGAUCAGCAACAACCUCCGCGAAGGCACCAAGUUCUACAACGACUUGACAGAAAUCCUGCUUAAGUUCCAGAACAAAUGCAGCGACAUCGUUUUCGCUCGCAAGACGGAGCGGGAUGAACUCCUCAAGGAGCUGCAGCAGAGCAUCGCUCGUGAGCCCAGCGCACCAUCCUUCAACGUUCCUGCCUAUCAGAGCACCCCCGCGCCCGGACCCACCCCUGCACCCAGGACGGUCUUUACUCAGCAGCCCCCGGAGCAGCCCCAGGCGAAGCCCCAGCCUCCAGCCAGGCCACCUCCACCAAGUAUACCCCCUCAGGCUGCCUCCGCCGCCCCCACCAAUGCACCAGUGCCCGCUGGCGCUCCCUCCACCAACCCGCCACCUGUGGCUCCGGUCUCCCAGGCCCAGGGACCCCCUUACCCCUCCUACCAAGGCUACCCGGGGUAUUAUCAGAUGCCCAUGGGCUACAACCCUUAUCCAUACGGCCAGUACAACAUGCCCAACAUGCCCAAUAUGCCCUACAUGCCCUUCCAGGGGCCCCCAGGACAGGGAGGAUACCCAGGAGCCCCUCCAGCAGGACAGCCCUACCCUGGCUACCCUCAGCAACCCCCCCAGCAACAGCCCUACUACCCUCAGCAAUAACUCUCCUCCUCACCCCCCUCAAUCCUCUUCUCACAUGUUAACACCAAAUAAAAUACACCCCCCCAGCAAUAACACUUCAUCUCAAUCAGCUCCUUCCUCCCCCUCUUAUACUUUGUUCUCUCUCACUAACAGCGGAUGUAUGAAGGGGGACCCCCGAGCUGCUUUGCACUUCUCCCUGAAAACCUUUCAAUACUUUAUUCCACUUUAUUUUUCUUCCAUCUCCUGUUUUUUGGACAGCACUUUUCUGAAUCUCUCUCAACUUCACUCUGUGCGCUAACCCCCCCCCCCCCCCACCUCCCCUCUUUGCCUGUGAGGUUAUUUUUUAUGUACUCAUUUUCUAACGGUUUAGUUGUUUGUUUAAUUUUGAACCCUAACCCGUUUCCACCAAUAACUGACUCUUUAACUGAGCUGGACUGCUGUACAACACUCACGGAGGCGCACAGAAUCCCAGAAAUGCUCUUUGUUUCCUGGUCCUGGGAGUGUGUAGCUCUCAUUAGUAGUAACGCCGCUGAUGGGACGGCACGGCCGCACCCCCCACUCCCCCACCGACUCAAUCAACCCCCAGUCCUUCUAUAUCAACUAUAUUCCUAUUUUUGUAAUGAAUACCAAUGCCUCGCUGAUGUAUAAACCUCUAAAAAAAAAAUACAUGGCCUGUAGGUUUUCUAAUGUAGAAGAUGACUGUUGAGACUGUUUUUCUUUUCGCUCUUAUCUCUCUCACCCAGGGAAUGUGGGUUUAUUUCUGUGUUACAAUCAGAGGCUGUACAAGUGGGAGAAACGGAUCCAUUAUAUGAAUAUAUGUAUAAAUAAGACCCUGUAUGUGGUUAACCAAGACACUCUGUGUGCUGCACUCUCAUUCUCUUUGUGUUUAUUUUUAUUCAUCUGCUCUAAUGUGAUUAAAAAACAACUGCCAGAA